AUGCCCCUCAACACUCUGCGGCUCAAUCACCAAAAGUCCUCCCAUCCCAAUGACCGGAUCGUCUUCAUCAAGCCCCUCCCGCGGCCGCCGGCCGAUCAGGCAUCCUACGACCUCGCCGACACGUUUUUGAGGGCCAUCGCCGCGCAAUGCCUCCCGCUCAUGAAGAACCACUACCUCUCCGUCACCACGCUGGAAGAGUACGAGCCCAACCCGGAGUUCAUCGGGAGGAAUUUCAACAACGGCGAAAUCAUCCAGCUGGUGCUGCAGAGCAAAAGUGGCGGCUGGGUUCCCUUCAACAUGGUGCAGAUGGUCAUGAUGCACGAGUUGGCACACAACACGCAUAUGAAUCACGGGCGGGAUUUCUGGAAGACAAGAAAUCUCUACGCGGAAGAGAUGAAGGCCCUGUGGGCACGGGGUUACACGGGUGAGGGAUUCUGGGGCAGCGGACGGACGUUGAGUGAUUUGGGCAGUGUCAUGGGCAACAACGUUUUGGGGAGCGAGGAGUUGCAAGGGUUGCCACUUUGCGGAGGGACAUUUCGGAGUCGCAACCGCAACGGAAGAAAACGCAAGGCCCGAAAGGACAACAGGCCGGAAUUGACCUGGAAGGAGAAGAGAGACCGGCGGAUCGAGAGGAAAUUCGGCAAGAACGGCGUGGCGCUCGGCCAGGAUGAAGAAGCCCGUUUGAGCCUGGAGAUCAACCGCAGGGGACCUAUCGGGGGCAAGCCCCGGGUCGCGCAGAGUAAACGAGGGCGGGAGCUGAGAGCUGCUGCGGCAUUGGCUCGGUUCGAGACGAACAAGCAGGAAGUCGAAGAGCUCCAACACGCCGGGGAAGAAGGUGACGAGGAUGAAGACGUCUACGAGGACGCGGAUGAUGAUGACGGCGAAGAAGAUGCCAAGGACAUCAACGGCCAGAGAAUGCUGGAUGGUCAAGGCCGUGGGAUGAUCCGGGUCUGUGGCGACAAUGAGGAUACGGAAGACCCCAUCAAUGUCCAACGUGAAUUACAAGACCUGAAUUCCCUCGAUCGUUAUUUCAAACCCUUUCAACCCGACAAGGGAGGAUCGGAUGGUGUCCAGAAGACCAAAGAGUCGGCCUCGGCGGACAAACCUUCGAUACCACCAUCGAGUAAUUUGACGGCAACGCUAGAAUCUGACACGAAGGACGACGGCGGUCAAGGUUCAGGGGAAAGGGACCCGGGGAAACAGCAGCCGCUGCAAAUGACAGGAACACUACCACCACCGAAAGUGUCGAGUCAUCCGCCCCAUGAUUCGGCCUCAACACGAUCUUCAAAGGAUGCCUCGCCCGUUCUGAAACUCAGACCAGCCACGACAACUUCCGCGGCGCGGAUUCAGGAAUCCUCCCCGUCCGCCCCGACUCCCAGCUCCGGCUCAGCCAAAGUACCCACCUCAUCCAACUCAGCCUCAUCCUCGAUAUCCUGCCCGAUCUGCUCACUCGAAAACCCCCGCCUCAGCGCAACCUGCAUGGCAUGUUCGCACGUGCUCGACACCCGCAAGGACCCCAGACACUGGUCGUGUCAGAGCGCGACGUGCAGAGAUAACCAAAGCGGGUAUGUGAAUGCUGGCGAUGCGGGCGUCUGUGGGAUUUGUGGGACGAAGAAGCCCGAUGGAUAG